AGAACAAAAUGCGAGAAGAGGACAUCAGCUCCGCCAUUAGCAAGUUCUACCCUGAGGAGAGCAUCCGCUCGGCGCUGGCCUACCAGCCUCAGGCUGACGACAUCUUCAUUGUCACACAUUUUCCUCUCUGUGGAUGCACCUGGGUACAACUGAUCAUCUAUCACAUUCUCCACGAGAAGGCUCCACCGGCGCCUUUGAUGGAGCGGGCCGCACACCUGCCGCACCUUGAAAUGCAGGGUGCCGAUGCUGUUAAAGCCAUGCCCAGACCCGGAAGCGUUCGCACCCACCUUCCUUUUCACUUGGUUCCUCGAGCGGACUGCGCGAAGUACAUCUACGUUGCGAGAAAUCCGUACGACUGCAGCGCGUUCUUUUUCGAAUCGAUAUCCAGUGCCCAGGGAAAAAGCAUCGACGAGGCGUUCAAGACGUUCCCUUCUUUCUUCGAUCAGUUCGUCGAGGGCCGAGCCGUUUGCGGCGAUUACCUUGCUAACCUUGUGUCUUGGUACAACCGCAGGUACGAUGACAACGUCCUGUUUCUCACGUACGAGGAGCUGCAAAAUGAUAACAUGAGGGCAGUACUGAGGAUCGCCGACUUUCUGGACGAUGAUGGCCAGUACGGCCAGAGGUUGAGGCAGAACAGGAAGCUUUUGAACAAAAUCUGCGCAGAGACGCAAUACGAGGGCAUCUGGGAGAGCGUCGAAGAGGACACGAAGCUGAAGAUGGCGGAGGCUGCUGCCCUGCCCGAUGAAGGCAAACCGGAGUGGGUGAAGCGAUUGGAGAAAGCCGCGAGUUCAGUCACAUUUGGAAGAUUGUUCUGCAAGAAGAGGGGAGAAGGCGAGGCUUGCCUGACCCGAGAAGCCGUGUUCACACCUAGCAUGGUAAAUAAGCUCGAAGAACGUGUCAGGACUCUGACUGGGGGCAACAGCGACCUCAUGAAAUUGUGGAAGAUGGUUGAGUGAUGCCAGCUAUACACCUGGCGCACAAGUGGCCGCUUAGAUGUUUCACGUGAGAAGGAAUGUAUUUUCUGAAGAAAGUAUUUCGGUAAUAUAAAUAUAUUUCGCUAUGAAUAGUGAGCACUUUGCUUCAAAGCCCACUAUUGCUAAAUAUAAGCAUAAAGAAACGGACAGAGUAAUAAAAAAGAAAAUAGUUGAAAACAAAUACAUAUGUACAAAUUUAACAUAUUUUCAAUUGUUUUCAUAAUUGGGAAACAAAAUAUAAGCGUAGGCAUAAUAAAUGAUAAUCUGACAGAGGCGGAUCAACUUG